CACACCAUCAGCAGCCAGCACUCACACAAAAACGCCCAAUAAAUUACAGUUGCAGGCACAGGAGGCACACGUAAAAGUUUUAUAACAAAGACAAAAAUAAUAAUAAUAAAGCAGAUAGCAUCAGGGUCAGGGCGCGCUGAAUACGUUAAAGCUAUCAACCACAACAUAAACAUUCCAAUACCAGAGUUACAGCCCCAGCUGCGCCCCGCAAUUCCCCCCUCAAGCCGCUCAAGCCCGCAGACAGUGUGACAAAAGUGCAGAAAAAACAAAAAACGAGCGAAACAAUUUAUCAAUUAUGAAUUUCUUGGGCUUUGGCCAAUCAGCCGAAAUCGAAAUUGUAUUUGAUGGAGCCGAGAAUAAGAAAACCGCCGAGGUCAAGGGCGAGGAUGGCAAAGUGGAAAAAAUGCUGCUCUUCUACGACGGCGAAACGGUAUCCGGCAAGGUAAAUGUAACGCUAAAGAAGCCGGGCAGCAAACUGGAGCAUCAGGGCAUCAAGAUUGAGUUUAUUGGACAAAUUGAAUUGUUCUACGAUCGGGGCAGUCAUCAUGAGUUCAAGUGUUUGGCCAAGGCGCUGGCACGUCCCGGCGAUCUUAUACAGAACAACAGCUAUCCGUUUGAUUUUCCGAACGUGGAGAAACAGUUUGAGGUCUAUGCCGGCUCCAAUGUGCGAUUGCGUUACUUUCUCCGUGCGACAAUUGUGCGUAGGAUUAGCGAUAUUACACGUGAGGUGGACAUUGCUGUCCACACACUCUGCAGCUAUCCGGAAAUGAAUAAUCCCAUUAAAAUGGAGGUGGGCAUCGAGGAUUGCCUGCACAUCGAGUUCGAAUACAAUAAGAGCAAAUACCAUUUGAAGGAUACGAUCAUUGGUAAAAUCUAUUUUCUGCUCGUACGCAUCAAGAUCAAGCACAUGGAGAUUGCGAUCAUUAAGCGGGAAUCGACCGGCACCGGACCAAACAUAUUCACCGAGAAUGAAACGAUUGCCAAAUACGAGAUAAUGGAUGGGGCGCCCGUUAAGGGUGAGAGCAUCCCGAUACGCGUAUUCCUUGCCGGCUACAAUCUGACGCCGACAAUGCGGGACAUCAAUAAGAAGUUCUCGGUCAAGUAUUUUCUCAAUCUGGUGCUGAUGGACACCGAGGAUCGGCGCUACUUCAAACAGCAGGAGAUAACGUUGUGGCGCAAAGCGGACAUACCCCGUUACCAUGUUACCCAGCAGCAGCAGCAACAACAGCAGCAUCAGCAACAGCAGCAGCAUCAGCAUCCACAGCAGUCGCAUCUGCAGCAUCAGCAUGUGCCGCUGCAUGCACCGCCGCAUCUGGUCAGUGGUCCGGCAGCGCCGACUGUUGCCCAUUCCCUGAUUAGCAGCAGCACCGACAGCGAGGGUGCCGCCAUUGCCACGACAGGCAGCAUGACUGGCCCAGUUGCUGGUGCACCCGAAUCCAAAAUGGGUCUCUUUACGCGCGAGAGUCCCAAUCAGGAGUUUAGCCAGCAACAGCUCGACUCACCGCUGCCCAACUCACCGAUGACGCCCAGCGGCGUCGGCGGCGGCGGCGAGAACAGUCUAAUCCCAUCAAUGGCCACAGCUAUUGCUGCCGGCAGUGAACGGGAGCGUGGCAUGGGCGAUGGUGCUGCUGCGGCGACUGCGAGCGCCUCACCAGUGGCCAUGCUAUCCAGCACGCCGCCACCUCUGCCCAGCAGCGGCUCAGCAGCAACUGUUGCUGGAGUAGGAACUGGUGCUGGAGCUGGAGCUGCAACAGGUGCGGCAAACACAGCCAUUGGCACAGAGGAGCCAGCGUUGUUCAUACAAUCACCAGCGCAUGUUGCUGGCGAUGGCAAUAUGGAUUUGGAUAUGAAUGUCGAUGUCGAUGUGGAUGACGAUGUGGAUGUGGAUGUGGUUGAGAAUGUGAAGCGGUCACACAUCAUGCCCGAUGAUGAGCUAACGGACGUGGCGCUGCCAUCGCCACCAGCAACAGCAGCCGGCAAAAAGAUCAAUGCGGCGCCAUUGAGUGCGGAUUGAGUGAGACCUGAGAUUUCCAUUUUGAUUUUGAUUUCCAUUUCGAUUUCGAUUUCCAUACGAACAACAACUCAACGGCUGGCGGAAGCUGAAGCAACUAUUAAUAUGGUAUAUAUAUAUAUAUAAACAUACACACAACAAAUAUGCAUAUA